AUAAACUUGAGAGCACUGUAGGUUUCCGGUUCGAGAUCUAAUGAGUUACAUAGUUGGUUUUGGCUAUCAUUCUACUGGCAAGGCUAUCCCUUGCCCUUAAUUGCUCCCAAAAAUCGAGUCUUUUCAUCAUCAUCAUUAUUGAUACUCCAUCAAAAAUGAAUUUCAGUAGAGGCCUAACCAGAAAAAAAGCAAUAUUAUUUCAAACUUUUGGAGUUGGUUUCAAUUGCUUCAUUUUUGGUGAAAAUGAUAGGAUGAAGCGAGGGCAUCAGAAAAUGAAUUUGAUUGAAAUACGAUAAAAUCAGAAUUUUCGGUUUCAGUUUCGAGGCUCAUGCUCAAUUUUAUAACUUUACUUGUUGAAAAGAAGUAGGUGCGUAGCAAAAAAAUGAAAAGGACCUGGCAGAAAAAUGGAUUUGAUUAAAUGAGAUAAAAUCAGAAUUUUGAGUUUUGAAUUUCAAGAAUCAUGCUCAAUUUUGAUAUUUCAUUGCUAAUGUCUAACGAUUUCAUUCAUGUGCAUAGCAAGAAAAUGAUACGAGCUAGUUGCCAGAAGGUGAAUGUGAUUAAAAUCUGAUAGAAUCAAAAUUUUAGGUUUCAAAUAUCGAGAUUGCUGUUUAAUUUUGAAAAUAGAUUGAUGAAGACGAAAAGUGUCGUAAGAAAAUGAAACGAACUUCUUAGGAAAUGCUUUUGAAAUUAGAUAGAAUCAGUUUUUGCAGGUUUAGAAUUUUGUUUGAUUAUAAAAGAAUAUUGGUAGAAAUGAGGAGUGCUGCUAAGAAGAAUAUUGGCUUUCAGAAAAUGAAUUUAGUUAAGAUGAAACAAAAUCAAAAGCUUUGGUUUUGAAUUUGAAAAUCGUUCAAUUUAGCAACUCACUAGGAUUAAUGAAAAUGAAAUGCGUUGCCAUUGUGUGAAAUCAUUGAUGAAGACGACCUACGACCACUCAGAUUAAGGGAGAAGCAGGAAAAAAACAUCUCGAGAAAAAAAUGACAAUUCCAUCGCGCAGAC